ACUUUUAUUUUAUCUGUUUUUAUUACCCACAGUUUUUAUUCAGGUCGUAUGUCUUAUAUUGUUAUUCAUUUUGUUAUUUAUAUCUUGACUGUGUGUACUAUUUUAUUUUGUUCUGUGAAGCACUUUCUGUGUUUUGAAAAGGGCAAAUACACUUUAUCAUUGCCUUUUUAGUCUUAAAAGUAUGCUACUCUGCAUUUGACUGCACAUAUUGUAUGAGAAUGUGACAAACACAAUAUAUAAAAUAUGUUCAUUUCCAAAGAAACACCAUUAAUAAGUCUAUUAAUGACAGAGCUUUGCGUUGUAAUACAUUGCACUGUAGUCAUGUCAGGCUGUCUCUCCCCCUGUGGCUCACACGUCCUUCCUCUCUGCUACUCUUUGUCACUUAUUACGGGUUUCAUUUGGUAAGUUCCAGCGUUUGGUGAUUUUUGACCCGAGUCGAGUUCCGUUGUGUUUGGCUGUAUCAUAGCAACCAAAGGGGGCGGGUACGUCUGGUAGAAGUAGCGUGUGGUUUCCAUGGACACCGUUGAUGCCAAACUGUCGGUAAAAGUUUGGAAAUAGAAGAGAAAGUUACAAUACACGUUUCAGAAUAUCCCAGCCGGUGCAAUGGGGGUAUCGCUGACCAGGGCAGCCCAGUGGACCCCGGCCAGCUCUGGUACUGGCAAACUGGAGUCCACGCCAAUGAAUGAGUCCUUGUUGAAAGAAAUCCUGCGCUUUGUGGAGCAGUUCGGCUCCCAACACCCACAGGAGGCAGAGCAUGUGUUCGAGGAGCCGCUCCGGUGGAGUACCACUUUAGUGGCAUCUGAUUUCAAAACAGACUAUGACAUCAGUGACGCAGACGUACAGUCCCAUGAGAAAGACAGUGAAGGGCGUCCAUUGUUGCAGCUCUCCCCUCCUACUGUUUAUGUACGCAGCUUCAGCCAGCUCUCUAAGCUAGUUCAUCUGGCAGAUGAUAAGAACCUGGAGGAGGUUCGAGCAUGUCUAGAAGAGAACAGAGACCCCGUGGUUAAGAUUCUCGGUCCCAGCUUUGCCGGCAUCCUGGAGAACGAAGGCGCCCUUACUGAUGUGCUAAGUCUGGUAGGCAAAGAGAAAGAGCAAGGCGAGGACACGGAGGUCAAGGUCAAGCUGUUCCUGUUGCUCCAAAAUAUGGAUAACCAGCUCCUCGGCAAGUGCCUCAAAGAGAUAUCCGAACGAGUCAGGCUCGACCCCACCGCAGUGAAGACUGAAGUGGAGCUGUUGAAGCGGUUCUGCAGUGAAGGAGAGAAGAGGCUGUUGAAGUCGGUUCGAUACACAUCAGAUUACGAAUUUUCAAAUGGCUGUCACGCCCCUCCAUGGAGACAGGCGCGUGGUGAGAUUUGUUACCUUGUGAUUGAGCCUUGUGACACUGAGACCCUCUACAUCACCUGCAGCACUGCUGGAGUUUUCCUCAAUGGGUGCAUAAAACAGGAGGGGGAGGAGGAGGAGAGUGGCUAUGAGCGAACAAGUGAUACAUACAAAGACCUGGUAACACUUCUGAAGAGCAGAUCUCUGCAUUUUGCUGAGAACGCAAACAAGCAGGAUUUUGCAGCUCAAGAACUUCCAUCAACACAAAAGAUCCAGCAUGUGGAAUCGGUUGAUGCGGAGGAACAAGGCCAACCCCAGAGGUCUUACGAGCAACAGGAAAAGAAUGUGCAUGAGAAGGCGAGACAACAGCAUACGCCGAACAAGGCAGGCGGCGAGAAGAAAUAUGAACCAUGUCCGAGAUGGAAGAAUCUCGGUCUCAUGUCUCCAAGUGGUAAAGCAGAGGAAAAGAAACCCGGUAAGAGCUCUGGAGAGGAGAAGUCUGGUGAAAUACAGAAGAAAAAACUGGGGCCGGGAGCCAAAAGCAAGAUGAAAGCGGAAUUCUCUGUGUCCUCUUUACCAGGACGUCCGUCCUCUCAGAAAAUUAAGACCCCGGCGGGAGCCGCGCCAGUGGACGCUUUCAGCGAGAGUUCAUCUGAAAGUGAGGAGGAGGAAGAGCAGCCAGAGCGCCGUCCAGAGAGUAACACAGACCUGCCUUCUGAAUAUUGGCAGAUCCAGAAACUGGUCAAGUACCUCAAGGGAGGGGACCAGACGGCCACUGUGCUCACCCUGUGCGCCAUGAUGGACUUUAAUUUGAUGCAGGAGACGUGCCAACUGGCCAUCCGGGAUGUAGGUGGCCUUGAAGUCCUCAUUAACUUGCUGGAUACAGAUGAAGUCAAAUGCAAAAUUGGAUCUCUGAAAAUCCUGCGAAAGAUCAGUCACAAUGUGCAAAUCCGUCGAGCCAUUGUCGACAUGGGAGGUCUGCAGAGUAUCGUGAAGAUUCUGGACUCACCAGUCAAGGACCUCAAGGCCUUAGCUGCUGAGACCGUUGCUAAUGUGGCCAGGUUCCGCAGAGCAAGGAGAACCGUCAGGCAAUAUGGCGGUAUCAAAAAACUGGUGAAGCUGCUGGACUGUGUCCCUAAUUUAGCCAGCCUGACUGCAAACCAGGCGAAGGAUGUAGAGGUGGCUCGCUGUGGCGCUCUGGCACUGUGGAGCUGCAGCAAGAGUACCAAGAACAAGGGGGCCAUCCGUAAGGCCGGGGGUGUCCCUUUGCUGGGACGCCUGCUCAAGUCUCCACAUGAGAACAUGCUUAUUCCAGUGGUGGGCACCCUGCAGGAGUGUGCCUCAGAGGAGAGCUACAGGAUUGCCAUUCAGACUGAGGGCAUGAUCAAGGAUUUGGUCAAAAACCUAAGCAGUGACAACGAUGAGCUACAAAUGCAUUGUGCCAGUGCAAUCUUCAAGUGUGCGCAAGACAAACAAACCCGCGACCUGGUGCGUGAGUACAAAGGCCUGCAGCCCCUGGUUUCACUGCUGAGCAAGGCGAACAACAAGCAGCUCCUGGCCGCUGCCACCGGGGCCAUCUGGAAGUGUUCCAUCAGUAUGGAGAAUGUGGCUAAGUUUCAGGAGUACAAAGCCCUGGAGACCCUGGUUCGCCUGCUGACGAAUCAGCCUGAAGAAGUUCUGGUAAAUGUAGUGGGAGCCCUUGGAGAAUUUGCCCAGAUACCUUCGAACAAGGCCACCAUCCGCAAGUGUGGAGGCAUCAAGUCGCUAGUUAACCUGCUCACGGGAACAAAUCAGGCGCUGCUUGUGAAUGUGACCAAGGCAGUGGGCGCCUGUGCCACCGAUAAGGAUAACAUGGCAAUCAUUGACCAGCUUGAUGGAGUCCGCCUGGUGUGGUCCUUACUGAAAAACCCCAGUGCAGAUGUUCAGUCCAGUGCUGCAUGGGCCCUUUGUCCAUGCAUUCAGAAUGCAAAGGAUGCAGGGGAAAUGGUGCGCUCCCUCGUCGGUGGAUUGGAACUGAUUGUUAAUUUGCUGAAGUCAACAAACAACGAGGUGCUGGCAAGCAUUUGCGCCGCCAUUGCCAAAAUAGCCAAAGACAAGGAGAAUCUGGCAGUCCUAACUGAUCACGGGGUUGUCCCAUUGCUGGCCAAGUUGACUAACACAACUGACGACAGGCUCCGUCGCCACCUGGCUGAGGCCAUCGGCCACUGCUGCAUCUGGGGCAGCAACAGGGCGUCCUUUGGUGAUGCUGGGGCCGUGGCCCCCCUGGUGCGCUACCUCAAGUCAAAAGACAAGGCAGUCCACCAGAGCACAGCUAUGGCCCUGUACCAGCUGUCCAAGGACCCCAACAAUUGCAUCACCAUGCACGGGAAAGGAGUGGUCAAGCCCCUCAUCCACAUCAUGGGCUCUGAUGAUGAGACGCUCCAGGAAGCUGCUGCUGGCUGUGUGCGCAACAUCCGACUACUGGCUCUGGCUAAUAGGAAGGCCCAGUUAUUCUACUAACAGUCAAUGAUCGCAGCGCACCUGGAAAUCCAAUAGGGACUGUACAAAGAUUAUUGGGGUAGGGAGGGGGGCUUUGGACCCUCCACUUGCAACACCUUUCCCACUAACAGCUGACUCAACUCCAAACUCCAGUUUUAAGAUUAAUAUGUGAACGGAACAAUAAUUUGUACAUAGUCCAAAUCACACUUUAGGAGAGGAAUUAGCAUUUGCCAAAAUAAUGCUAACCACAACAAUGGUGCUAUUGAUUGAACAGUUAUUAAUGGGGCACAGGCAGCAGCUCUUUGGCUGGUUACGGGGUUCAGCAACAUAGUAUUUUUACUUCAUUAUUAAAACAGGUUGUGCUAAAAUAUUAUUAUUGGUUCACUUUGCAUGAAAAGUUAAUGUGUCAGUACUUAAAGUGAAGGCCGCUCUAGGCUAGUGAAAAAAUGGUGCGCUCUUUAAAAAGAGAAUGUGCACAUAAAAGACUGUUUUGUAACUAUUUUACAGUCAAUUUAACCAGAAAAUGGUAAAAUAAUAUAUAUGUAUAGCAAGAAAAAAGAUACAAAUAAAUAAUAACUCCCUUCUCCCCCAAACCCACCAGACUACCCUCCAUUCAACAAAAAGAAAACAUGUUACUUUCAGAUCCCACCCCUAAUAAUUGUUAUACAGUCCCUUACCAGUUCGAAUGGGCUGCUUGUGACAGCACUGGUAAAAAUGUACCUUUGCAUCUGUCCUGUUUUACGCUAACCGCAGAGUUUGUUUCAAAUGUGUUUAAAAUUGUUUCAAAUAAAAUGAAAAAGUGUUACAAAUAUUAGUAUCACAAGUGUUUCUAAUGUGUUCCAACUACCUGAGAUGGGUUUCAAAUAAAAUCUUUUA